AUGGCUAGUGCCUUGACUACGUUAUGGCGGAUGAUAUGGCGUGCUGCUCCAACAGCGCCGGACGGCAAGACCGACCUUCAUGCUGCUGCUGGUGCCUCAGACGAGAAGACCUCAAUAUUUCACGAUCUCCUACAUUUGGGAGGGAAAAACACACGGACAAUGGUGCAGGCUUUCAACACUCUCGCAUCUGGAGAGCCUCUUGAUGACAAGAAGUGGCUCCUCGAGCAUGGCGUUGCAAUGUUACAAUCGUUGCCAUUGGAUAGCGGACUAAGCUCCAAAGUGUCAGGAGGCUUCAUCAAAAUGUUGUGGCACGACCUUCCUCACCCACCGGCUUCGCUGGCCGGUCCUGAAAAUCGCUACCGAAGACACGACGGCGGAGGCAACAAUCACUGGAACCCAGAGAUGGGCAAGGCCGGUACUCCUUACUGUCGAAGUGUACCCCCGGGCAAACCUAAAGGACCCAAUCUUCCUGAUCCAGAGCUGGUAUUCGAGAAACUAUUGAAGCGGACUGGGCCGUUUCGACCACACCCAUCGGGCCUAAAUCGAAUGUUUUUCUCCUUUGCUACCAUCGUUAUCCACGAAUGCUUUCAGACCUCGCGCGACAAACCGUGGAUUAAUGAGACCUCGAGCUACGUCGACCUUAGCACCUUGUAUGGGAAUACAGGCGAGGAACAGAAGCGUGUUCGUAGCUACCAAAACGGCAUGAUCCAUCCCGAUUCCAUUGCCUCUGAAAGGAUCAUGUUAAUGCCGCCUGGCGUUGUCGCAACUCUCUUGAUGUUUUCUAGAAAUCAUAAUGAGAUCGUUUAUUCUCUAUGGUCUAUCAAUGAAAACAAUAAGUAUGGAGACUGGGACGAAUUAACGGAGGAGCAGAAAAAAUGGCAAGAUGAAGACCUGUUUCAAAUCGCUAGGAACAUCAACGUGGGCUUCUUUGCCUCGGUGGUUCUAAGAGAUUAUGUGGCUGCUAUCCUCAACACUCCUCGCGCUAAUUCCAAAUGGUCUCUCGAUCUAGGAGGCGAGAUCAAGCUACGAGGUGAACGUGUAGAAAGAGGCCAAGGCAAUGUCGUUUCGGUCGAGUUCGCGGUUCUUUAUCAUUGGCAUGCUGCAUUAAGUGCAGCAGAUGGGCAAUGGAUGGAAGAUAUUAUCAGAGCUAAUUUGCCGGAGCUGAAGUCCCUUGACGAUAUGUCUCCCGACCUUUUCAAAAAGGUUUUGAAACAAGAAGGCCAUAAAUUAAUGUCAACCGCACCUAAAGAAUGGACGUUCGGUGGUCUUAAAAGAGGCGCCGACGGAACAUUCAGCGAUACAGAUAUUGGAAGGAUCAUCAAAGACUGCAUUGAGGAACCAGCUCAUGCCUUUGGUGCACACGGUACCCCAGCGAGCUUGAAGGUGGUCGACAUCAUGGGUCAGCUUCAAGCUAGGGGCGUUUUUAACGUCUGCAGCUUGAAUGAGUUCCGAAAGUAUCUCAACCUAAAGCCAUAUGAGAACUUUAUGGAGUGGUGUGAAGAUAAAGAGACCGCACGAUCUGCCGAGCUCCUCUAUGGGCACAUUGACAACAUGGAGUUAUAUCCUGGCUUACAGGCCGAAUGUACAAAACCCGCUAUGCCCGGGAGCGGUGUAUGUCCUGGACAAACCACGGGCCGCGGAAUCUUGGAUGAUGCUGUCUCUCUGGUCAGGGGAGAUCGUUUCCUAACCUACGACUUCAAUAGCAGCACGCUGACAAAUUGGGGAGUCUCGAAAUUGGCUAGCAGUGUUGCUCCAGGCUCAUUUGGUGGUGUUCUACCUACUCUGCUUUUCAAUGGCCUCCCAGGCGAAUUUACCGGUACCUCUUCGUACGCCCUUCUACCUUUCUAUACACCUGAAGCCGUCCGAGAAAUACUUCAGGGUAAUGGUGUACUUCAACAGUAUGACCUAAACCGACCGCCGACUAAUGUGAGUAAAAUCGUUGGCAUCCACACACAGGAAGGAUGCAAGAAGAUCUUUGAGGACCGCGAUAACUUCCGUGUCAUGUAUCAAGCCGCGAUCCGCAAUUGUACGGAUGGCCAUGAUUUCAUGAUCGGAUGGGAUCAGCAAAGAAAGCACGAUGAAAGGUCCAACCUACUUCAUCACAUCUUCUUCGAGCAAGGCUUUGAGAGUAAUGUAUCAUCAUUCUUCCGGAAGACCGUCCGACAACUCAUCGAUAAGAGCUCCAUAUCUUACGCCGACGGUCGAACUUCAAUCGAUAUCAUCAGAGAUGUCACCAAUGUGACCCCAAUCCUGUGGCUUGCAGAUCGAUUCGCCAUCCCACUCAAGUCCGAACAACACCCCAGGGGCCUCAUCACCCGUGCGGAGCUCUUCGAUCUCUACCUCGUUCUGUUCAUGUACCAGUCCUUCAACAUUCUCCCACGCUCGGAAUGGAAAUUGCGUGAAGCCAGUCUGAAAGUCGCGCCCCUCCUUCGCGGCAUCCUUCAUGGGCACCUCUCCAGCCAGACCGGUGGUUACAAGGAGGUCUUCGCCGAUUAUGUUGAGAAAGGCACGGCCUACGAAGUAGGUCCAGCUGCUGAUCGUCUCUUCAAGGAGCUCGCCAAGAGCGGCCUACCUGCCGGUGAUCUAGUGGGUGACUGUAUUGGCAUGGGCGCGCCAGUGGCGGGUAAUCUAACCCAGCAAGCAUCUCUACUGAUUGACUUAUAUCUCAGCCCGGGUUACGAGAAGUAUAAGGCACGCAUCGUUGAGCUUGCACAUCGCGAUGACGCCGCCGCGGAUAAGGAGCUCCUCGGGUAUGUCUAUGAGGGAAUGCGCCACGCCGGUGUGGUCCCAGGAUUACCGAGAGUGGCAGCACAGGACAUCACUGUCAAGGAUGGUCAGCGUGGUGGCAUCCGGAUCAAGGCGAACCAGACCGUCUUGAUCGCCACCUCCCGAGCUGCGAUGGAUCCAAUUGCAUUCCCGCAUCCCGAGAUCAUUGAUCCGCACCGCCCAAUCUCUUCAUACAUUCUUCUGGGUCAUGGCCUCCACUUCUGCUUCGGAGCACGAUUAGUGGCCCCAGCAUUGGUGUCCACGAUAAAGGAGGUCUUCUGUCUGAAGAACCUGCGGCGUGCCCCCGGCUCACAAGGUCAUUUCAGCACGCUCUCGCAUCACGUGGCGGGUGUGAAUAUGAGGGUCUAUCUCGAUGCAAAUUCGAACGAGAGUCCUAUUCCUACCACUUUGACAUUGAUAUAUGAUAAGGAAACGACGUACGGGAACGGCUACGUCAAUGGGACUGCCUGA